AUGAUUAGGAAUGCUUUGAGGCAGAGCGCCCGUACGGUCGGGGCAGUCUCUGUCCCUAGUAGACUCGCCUUGAAUCGAUGCACAGCUGCAGCAGCGCUCAAUGCAGCGUCAAGACAAGCCCGAAGCUAUGCUUCAGAGGCAAAAGCCUCGCCGACAGAGGUCUCUUCGAUCUUAGAGCAGAGAAUCAGAGGUGUUCAGGAGGAAGCCGGCCUUGCCGAAACUGGUCGUGUCUUGUCCGUUGGUGACGGUAUUGCCCGGGUUCAUGGAAUGAACAAUGUCCAGGCCGAAGAACUGGUCGAAUUCGCUUCAGGGGUCAAGGGCAUGUGCAUGAACCUCGAAGCUGGUCAAGUUGGUGUCGUGCUCUUCGGUUCGGAUCGUCUCGUGAAGGAAGGCGAAACCGUCAAGCGUACCGGAGAGAUUGUCGAUGUACCCGUUGGCCCCGCGCUCCUUGGUCGCGUUGUGGAUGCGCUGGGUAACCCUAUUGAUGGCAAGGGCCCAAUCAAAACGACGGAGAGAUACCGAGCUCAACUUAAGGCACCUGGUAUUCUGCCUCGUCACUCUGUCAACCAACCAGUCCAAACUGGUCUCAAGUCUAUCGAUGCUAUGGUGCCGAUUGGUCGUGGACAGCGUGAGCUUAUCAUUGGAGAUCGCCAGACUGGAAAGACUGCGGUUGCCCUCGACGCCAUGUUGAACCAGAGACGCUGGAACAAUACCGAUGACGAAGCCAAGAAGCUCUACUGCGUGUACGUUGCUGUUGGCCAAAAACGAUCUACCGUGGCGCAGCUGGUUAAGACUCUCGAGGAGAAUGACGCGAUGAAGUACUCCAUUAUUGUGGCCGCGACAGCUUCUGAAGCUGCUCCUCUGCAGUACAUCGCACCCUUCUCAGGAUGUGCAAUGGGCGAGUGGUUCCGUGAUAACGGCAGGCAUGCGGUCAUUGUCUAUGAUGAUUUGACCAAGCAAGCCGUCGCUUACCGCCAAAUGUCCCUAUUGCUUCGUCGACCACCAGGGCGUGAGGCCUACCCUGGAGACGUCUUCUAUCUGCACUCGCGUCUACUCGAACGUGCCGCCAAGCUCAACGACAAGCACGGUGGUGGCUCCCUGACUGCGCUGCCUAUCAUCGAGACACAAGGUGGUGAUGUGUCUGCUUACAUCCCUACGAAUGUCAUUUCCAUCACAGACGGCCAGAUCUUCUUGGAAGCCGAGCUUUUCUACAAGGGUGUCCGUCCUGCCAUCAACGUCGGUCUUUCAGUCUCCCGUGUCGGUUCCGCAGCUCAGUUGAAGGCAAUGAAACAAGUCGCUGGGUCCCUUAAACUCUUCUUGGCACAAUAUCGUGAGGUUGCCGCCUUCGCCCAAUUCGGUUCCGAUCUUGAUGCCGCCACAAAGCAAACACUGAACCGUGGUGAGCGUCUGACCGAGCUGCUGAAGCAGAAGCAGUAUCAACCAAUGGCCGUCAAUGAGAUGGUUCCUCUUAUCUACGCAGGAGUCAACGGGCAUCUCGACAAUGUUCCCGUGGCCAAGAUUCUUCAAUGGGAGGCAGACUUCCUGUCGCACCUGAGAAACAACGAGUCCGAUCUCCUUGCAUCGAUCGAUAAAGAGGGUCAGGUCACCAAGGAAAUAGAUGGCAAAUUGAAGGAUGUUGUGCAGUCGUUUACUAAGAGCUUUACUUGA